AUGGGACAAACCUUGCUUUUUGAAGUGAUUGUGAGCCAAUCGACGGGUGUUGUUGUGAAAUUGGAAAAAAAAAAUAUCUUCAAACUGGGUUCUCAAGUAUCGACUAACGGGGGUGCGUUGCAUUCUGCAGGAAGGAGGGCUAGUGACAGCCACGCAUAUAAACCUCCUUUUGGACAUGAGCGAUCCGGCUUAAGGCUGGGUGGAAAAAAGGCAGAUGCAGGCUAUUACCAUUUCAACAACAAUUCGACUUCAAGUUUUACGAAAAAGAAGAAAUAUUUUGGUGAAAUCAUAGAAAUCGGAAAGCCGACCGAAUUUGAACACGGGAUUCACGUGGAAUACAACAACGAGAGUGGUAAAUUUUUGGGUUUGCCGGAUGUUUGGGUGAACGCGGCACCAAGUGAUGAGAUCCUUAACACAAAAUAUUUGAAUCCUAAUCUCGUGCCUAGCCCCGGAUCACAAGACAUUUCCAAAUCGGUGAAUGAUGAUAUUGGUAAACCAUAUAAUUUUAAACACGAAAUCCAUGUUUACAUGAACGACAAUGGGUUAGAGGGCCUUCCUGCAGAAUGGAAAAAGAUCCUGGCUUCAAAUGGCACGGCCGAGGAUGCAAGCAAAAGGAAAACUAAUUCAAAAGCGCAACGUAAUUCACAACGACCGACAUCAUUCCACUCUAACUCCUCACAGCAGGAUGAAAAUGAAGAUGUCCUUCUAGGCUCAGCGCUGAAUAACGUACCUACACGAAAAUCAUCCAAAGUUUCACUUGUCUCCCCGGUGCAAGCAGACUCAAAUAAUGUGUCUCGAAAAUAUGAUAAGUCGCCGGUCAAUAAUAAACCUCAUAACUAUAAUUUCUCUCCUUCAAAUAAAGACAGUGUAUCGAGUCAAUCGAGAAAAGUGGUUACAUCACAAAAAGAAUCGAUAACCUCGUUUCCAAGAGAACGUCCUACUAGUCCCACACCACCCUCGCGUGAAAGAGCUGCAUCACCCAUACCUCGAGAUAAUUCAAUAGUAAUGCCAAAUCCACGUGGAAGAGCCACCUCACCUAUACCCCGCGAUUCAAUGAGCUCAACAAUAAUAUCGUCUCCACGUGAAAGAACAUCUUCGCUUGUACCCCCACCACGAGACCACGCACGAAUUCCUAAGGGAACCACAACUUCAAUUCAACUCAAGGCGGUACCCCCUCGUUCCAAUAAAGAUAACAAAGAUCAAUAUAGAAACAAAAUAGCGGAAUCAUCAUUCGGGAGCAUGGAUAUACUCAAUUAUCAGAACACAUCAACAACAGGUUCAAUUAGGAAAAACUCGGAUACAGCACUACUAUUACCCCGAGAAUCCGUGGACCAAAAGCAUAACAAGGCUUCCAGCAUCAGCGAAAUGCCAAUACGUUCACCGAAUGAUUCUCCGUUAACCAACGAAAAUUACUUAUCCCAGAUAACCCGAGAUAACCAUAAUACUUUAUCACCAAUUUCACAAGUUUCGGGUGAUUGGAAUGCAACUUCCGAAAAACGGAGAAGGCCAUCCGCGAACAGUACUGAAAAGGAUGUAAACGGAGGAAACAUGACGGACCACCACAUCUCUCUGCCCGUUCUACCUUCUAUGGAAAAUUCAUUACCUAUAACAAAAUUGCCAAGGUUUUCUGAAGGGUCACAAGCUUUCAGUCGGAUCUCUCCAGUACAAAUUGAACAAUUGGAUGUCACAAAUACCAUCGUAGAUCCUGAUUCGUUACCACCGGACAUUCGCCACUUAGCUGAUCUCUUGGAUCCACGGGAUCCAAACAAAAUUUAUGAUAAUUUGAUUCAGAUAGCGGAAGGUCAGUCUGGUAACAUGUACUCUUCAACUCAAAAAGGUUCAUCGGAAACGGUGGCAAUUAAGAUAAUCCCUUUUUCGAGCGACGAAAAAUUAAAAAAUAUAAAAGAGGAAUUGAGUCUAAUGAAAUCUAGUCAACAUCCAAACAUAGUAAAGUGCAUAGGAUGUUACCAUACACCCGAUUCUAUAUGGGUUGUUAUGGAAUGUAUGGAAAUAUCCCUUGCUGAUAUUAUAGGAAUGCACGAAGAUGGACCACGACUAAACGAAUUCCAAAUUGCACGUGUUGCACGAGAGACCUUAAAAGCAUUAAAUUAUCUGCAUGAAUUACGAAUAAUACAUAGAGAUGUUCGUAGCGAUAACAUCUUAAUAAAUUCUCGGGGUGAUAUUAAGCUUGCUGAUUUUGGUUAUUCUGUGCAAUUGACCGAAAAAGAAUCCCAUCGAAAAUCCAUAAUAGGAACACCAUAUUGGAUGGCACCAGAAGUUAUAAAAGGUCAACCUUAUGAUACCAAGGUGGAUAUUUGGAGUCUUGGUAUAUCAAUUAUAGAAAUGGCCGAAGGCAAUCCUCCCUACAUGGAUGAAGAGCCCCUAGAAGCAAUAAAGAAGAUUGCUCAGGAUGGUGUUCCUGAAUUGAAUAAUCCCGAACGGUGGUCUGAUAUAUUUAAAGACUUUCUCGCAAUCUGCACGGAAACCGAUUCGAGCAAACGAAAAACUUCAGCUGAAAUGAUUCAGCAUCCGUUCAUGCAACAUGUAUCGGUACCUAGGGAUUUCGAACAGAUGUUGGAGGAAUUUCGUCUUCAAGAGGGAAUGGAUGUGGAAGCUGAUGUGGAGGAUGAUAAUGAUGAUUCAAUUGAAUAUCAGUCCAUGAAGGUCGAUCAUGAAGAUAGUAAAAUGCAAAAUUUUUCUAUCAUUGAUGACGACGCAUUCUAUUAUAUUAAUAGUAUUACAAACAAUUGGCAUAACCCUGAUAUUUAA